AUGUCAUCGAUCGUUUGCGGCUCCAACCACGUGAGGAUCUACGAUCAGACCAGCACGAUGGGCGCACCAAGUCCGGAACGGAGACUGGAGUUCGAGAGCAAGACCAUGGUCGAUGAGCAUACAGACGAGAGCAUGUCGUAUCCCGACGACAUGGCCGAGUCCAUUCACGAGUACAACACGCCUCCACCACACAUCGCUGCUCGCUUCUACCGCAACCGUCCCAGCUACAACAUUCGUCGCAAGUCGUCUGCCGCUUCGUCUAGGCGCAACAGUCUUUCGUCAGCACACUCACGUGCUUCGUCCGUCUCGCGCAGGCACAGUCUAGGCAAUCAGAGCAAUGCCGUCGCCCAGCAUCUCCGUCGCGCAUCCAUCAUCGAGUCGCGCAAGGCGCGCCUCGCAGACCGCGCCGCUCAUGCAGAACAAGUCCGCCUGCGAGCCGCUUUGGCCAAGGCCCAGCCUCGAGGUAAUAACGCAAGUGAGGAACGCGCUCUCGCUGCUUCGAUAGCCAAGGAGAAGUACUUGGCUAAAGUCGCAGCGACAUGUGCGGAGGAAGUGGCUCGCGCGAAGCGUAUUGCGGAGGAGGUGAAGGAGAGGAAGCUGGCUGACGAAGCACGGCAGAGGCUUGAGAUGGAGGAGAGACACGCGGAGGCUGAGAAGAGGCGGGCGGAGUUCCAGCGCAAUCUGCAGGCAAGGCGAGUCAGGCGCGCGGACAGUGCGGAGAAGAAACUGGCUGUAGUCGAGGAACUAGGCGAUCUGAGUGAAGAGGCUAUUGAGGACGACGUGGCGACCGAGCUCGACCAGGAUACUGCAGCGAUGCGAAUCCAGCGCGCUUGGCGACUUGCUCGCCAACGAGCUGUAGUGCUAGCCUUUGAGAGGAUUGGUCUUGAGCAGGCGAAAUUGAUCAGCUUCGAGGACACGACAGCUCUCAUUGCAAAGCCGCACGUCAUCGAGACAGCCACCGCCUUCUUGAUGCAGCUUGGUUUGCAAGACCGUGGCGACGAGAAUGCAGCUCUCAAUACCCGGACGUUCCUCAGUGUGUACAUCAUGACGGCCCACCCAGCUUUCGUGCUGAUGAACAAGAAUGGGGCACAGGAGCAAGAUCUUCUUGCUAAGGCCACGGAACUCAUUGUCAUUGUCGGCACUACAUUUGCUCGCCUAGCCCCAUGGAAUCAAUACACACCAAGUGCUACUCAGCUCGAAACGCUAUCGCAGGCGUACACGUCAUAUACUUCUGCAUUCGCUGCAUGGAGACUUCAGGACUCCUCGGUCCUCAUUGAGGGUAUGGUGGCAAGCUUCGUCGAACUUGACGCGAUAUGGCAGACGGUCAAGGACGACGAUCGUGGUGAAGUGGCGUCGGAUUUCCGGGAGGGUAUCCGUGACAAUCAAGUCAUGCUCUUGUCGCGCAUUCGCAAGCUGGCGGGUGCUGAUCGAGCCGAUACUCUGAUCAAGAAGGCUAUCAAGGAGAGUCGGCGACGGCGACCAAAGAAGCGAAAUGUUGCAGAAGUACGCCCUCGCAACGUGGAGCCGCCUAUCACACAGGAAGAUGCCCGUGCUUCCAAUGCUGGUGUACAGGUCGAUGAAGUGGCACAGGCUGCUGGACUGGUUGAGCUGCCCUCUGCGACAGACGUCACUCGCAGACUGUUUACGCCGAUGCCUACCAACCGCGUCUUAACCCACGAAUUGGCCAUCGAUAAAGACUACAAGCUCACCGAUACGUCGGCGGCUCUACGCGAUGACAUGUACAGAUCAAUAUGCACAGCCAUGAAAGAAGGCUUCGAGGCUGGAGAUGGCUCACUGUGGACGAUCAGCACUGCGGAAAAUGUCAGGGAGAAGCUCUUGCGUAUGCUUAAUCCCGGUCAGAGUAUGUACACUGCUAUCAGUGAGUCCCUCGACCUCGAGUCGAUCGCCAGGCAAAGCCAAGCCGGUGUUUUCUCGUACGAGGGCUUCUUCAACUUCAUGGCAACUGUACUGCCCAAGCUUUGUGCACCCUUCCGAGAUCAGGAGAUCGCUACGCUGGCUGCUGAGCUGCAGCGGGUCCCUUCUGCCGACGAAGAGCAGCUGGAGGUCAUGAUCAACAAGCUCUUCAAGCUGCUACGCGCAGUCGACACGCUCAGCCUCGACUACACGAACUUCAUGAUCAUGAAUGUGGCGCCCACGCUCAUUCGCGAAGCAGCUGGGUAUGAGCAACGGUCAUUCGGUUCUGAUCUAGAGGCUGGCAGAAUCAACCUGGCACGUACUAGGCACUGGUGGCGAGCCUCUUACCAAGCGCUGGACUCAGAAGCAGAUCGACGAGACCCCGAGGGUGUCAGGGUUGCUGCUGAUCGUCCUACGAGGGAUAGUAUCUAUACACGAGCGCUUGUCGAUCUUGGCAUUGAUCAAGGCGAGCUCGAUGUCGAUGUUGUGCCAGAGACACUACAGCUGGAUAAGCAACGAUUACGAGACCUUCGCAGUCAAGCCGUGCGCAUCACGAUCAUCGGUGCCGUCUUGCUAACCGCCAAGAACCUGCUGAAACGUGAUGUUCGUGCUCAAUGGAAGUCGCAAGCCAGCCGUCUCUGGCUACUCCUCUCCGCUGAAGCUUAUGAGACCGAAACGACAGAUGACAUCACCACUGCCUCGAAGGCCUUUUCGAUCCUCGAGACGGCAAACAACAUGCCCACGACCAGCAAAAGCCAGCUCAACGGCACCAUCACCCGCUUCUUCAAUCAAGCAGCGACCGGCGGUCGCUUCACGGACCCAGUGCUCAAGGUCCUAUAUCAGCGAUUACGAAGUCAUAUCCUAACGCGACUCAAUGCUUCGACGCCAGCUGAGCGCGUGCGUGCUGCGAGUUCUGCCUCGGAAGUGCUUACCAGGUGUGGACUUGGCGAGAUGACGGCACAAAUCGGUGCUCUAGUUGAUACGUUUGAUCGUGUGAGGACGGUAGAUUUGCAAGGGCAUGGCAGGUGGUACGAGGAGAUUGCGAGGGAGGUACAGUCGGAUGCCUAG